UUGGUCCGUCGCAUAAGAACCUCGAACCCAUCGUUCACUCCUCCUCUUACUUAUCCUCUUUCGCUUCUUCGUCAUCCCAUUCCCACCCUCUUAAGCAAACCUUUCCCUUUUCUCCCAUCACACAAUCAAGCAGAAUAAUCAUGCGGUUCCAGUCGUGGCUUCACACAUGCUCCUCCGCCACCUGCACCGUCGCCACCACCCACCCAUCAACAAUCUCACUCCCUCACAAACAACAAAAACAUGCAUAUCAAUAUCACGAUCACUCCACCAGCUCCGAAGCACCCUCUUCCACAACCUCUAACACCAGCACUAGCACUUGCUCUCUCCAAAGCAACCUCUCCAUACAAACCCUCCCAUCCGUUCCCUCUCUCAACCUCUCUCCACAAACCCUAACCUUCUCCGUCUCCCACCACUGCCUCACCACCCUCACACCACACCCCUCUCGCCCCGUCACCUCCCUCGCCGUCAACGACACCCUCCUCUACGCCGCCACCGACCACCAAAUCAACGUCUACGACCUCCACUCAUGCACCAACCUCCACACCUUCGACACAAAACUCUCCACUUCCUCCGGCUCCAUCAAAACCAUCACCUUCUCCAAAAACAUCAUCCUCACCACCCACCAAGACUCCAAGAUCCGCGUAUGGCACCACAACAACAAAAACCACCGCAUGUUGACAACCCUCCCCACCGUCAACGACCGUCUCCGCCGUUUCCUCCUCCCCAAAAACUACGUCACGAUCCGCCGCCACAACAAGCGUUUAUGGAUCGAGCACGCCGACGCCGUAACGGGCCUCGCCGUUACUAACGGCGCCAUCUACUCCGUUUCGUGGGACAGAACCCUCAAGAUAUGGCGGCUCUCGGAUUUCCGCUGCGUGGAGUCUGUGAGGGCGCACGAGGACGCGGUGAACGCGGUCGCAGUGUCUAACGAUGGGACCGUGUACACGGGAUCCGCAGACAGGCGCAUACGCGUGUGGGCGAGGCACGUGGACGAGAAGCGGCACGUGCUGGUGGCGACGCUGGAGAAGCACAAGUCUGCGGUGAACGCGCUGGCGUUAAACGACGACGCUUCGGUGCUGUUUUCGGGCGCGUGCGAUCGUUCCAUAUUGGUAUGGGAGAGGGAGGACAGCGCGAACCACAUGGUGGUGAGUGGGGCGCUGAGGGGGCACCAGAAGGCGAUACUGUGCUUGGUCAACGUCUCUGAUUUGCUGCUGAGUGGGUCCGCUGAUCGGACCGUCAGGAUUUGGAGGCGCGAUUAUGAUGGACGGUUUGGAUGCCUUGCUGUCCUCGACGGUCACCGGAAACCGGUCAAAUCCUUGGCGGCAAUUCCCGAAUAUGAUCAAAAUAAGACUUCUAAUGGUAGUGUUUCGGUUUUUAGUGGUUCUCUUGAUGGAGAGAUUAAGGUUUGGCAGGUUUCUAUCGUGAGUCAGUCCAAGCAUGAUCGAGAAUUGAAUUCAUAGAAAAUCAAUUAUGGAGAAAAGGAAACACAAUAUUGAAAGAGAAAAAAAAAAGUUCUGAUUAUGAAAAAAAAUUGUAUACAAUGAUGACAUUUCUGUCA